AUCAUGGUAUACUUUAUUUUGUUGCUGAUCUAGUCUUUAUACAUGAUAUAUGAUCACACGUUCGCGCGUAAAUUCUGACCGGUUAGCACAUUUUUAGUGAUCAACGUAAUAGAAAUACUCAAAACUUAAAAGAUUGUAAUUAAAUUUAAUAGCAUUAUGUGGCAAUCGCAUUUGGAUACUAGCGCAACUUUUGAUGGUGGAUUUGCGAAUACUAGUCGCAAAGACGAUCAAAACACUGUAAAAUCACGAAAAACUCAAACUAUCGUUCCUAUUAUGAUUGGACAUUUGCUUACUGCUACUUCUACCGAUGAAAUAACAAUUUGGGGUAUUCCUGCACGUAUAUUUUCGUUAAUCGGAAUUAUACGCAAUGUUGAAGAAACCGCAACGAAAAUAUCCUACGAUAUCGAAGACCAAACAGGUACUAUUGUUGCACUUAAGUGGUUAGAAGCAGAUAGGAAAGCAUCAGAUCGUACUAUACAGGUUAAUACAUAUAUUCGUAUAAUUGGUUUACUCAGAGAACAAAAUGAUAAAAGACAUGUUCUCAUUUUACGAAUGUGGCCAUUGCAAAGCUUGAAUGAAUUGACAAAUCAUUUACUUGAAUUCACUUAUAUUGUAUUAAAAUCUAAAGCAAUGGCCAAACAAAGUAAUGAAGUAGGAGAUGGAAAUAGUACUAUGGCAGCAACAAAUGGAGAACAAUUAGAAAAUUGCCCUGAUUAUGGAAUGACAGGGGAACAGAGUUUAGUUUAUAAAAUUAUACAUGGUCAAAAUGAUACAGAAUCUGGCAUUGAAAGAUCUGAAAUUAAAGCAAAAGUACCAAAAACAAUUCUUCCACGAAUAGAUGGUAUAUUGGAUUUCCUAGUUUCAGAAGGUCAUAUAUAUACCACAAGCACAGAUGAUCAUUUUAAAACCACUUAAGUAGUAUUGUAUAUGAUAGAGUACUAAUUGUAAGAUUAAAUUUAUUAUUUUGUACUAUGUUGAACAUACAUUAUUUUGCAUGGUUAAAAGUAUUAAAUUGUUUUUCUAUUUUUCUAUUUUU